AUGUCUACUAACGACUCUCCUUUGUCUCCGUCCCGACGCUCAUCUCCUUCCAGUACUCCAGCGGCUCGUCGGAAGAAGAAAACCCAGAGCAAAAAGACGCGUCCAGAUACUGUCCUGCGUAAAGGGAAAUAUUUCAAUCAUGUGCAAAACGCGGACGAGCUGGACCAGGACCACAAGCACACAACCACGGAAGCAAAGGAUAUGAAGCCAACAAGCGCUGGCAAGACAGCUAAGUCUACUGGGAAAUCAGGCAACGACGGUUCCAAGAAAGAAGUCUCUAACGUUCCGGCUCCUAUUCCCGACACAGGUUUUCAAGGCGCCGCUCUUCAUACUCUAACUGUGUCUAAUUCCGUUUCUUCUACUGCGCCCGUGAACACGGACGUCGUACAGGCUGCAGUACCCGCGACGGCUGGUCUAGCUUCUACUUUGCUGGCAACGGCAACUUCUUCUGUGCUGCUAGCCUCCACGGCAGUCACUACUCCUGAAAGCUCGGCGGCUGCUGCCCACGAGGACACUUCUAAGCACAUUCGUACAAUCAUUAUAGUACUUGUUGCCCUUGGCUCUGCUUUUGCCUCCGUUGGCCUCUGCAUAAUCCUUAGGGCUUGCCGCCGUCCCAAACGACGGAAUCUGCCGACCCCGUCUCUCCCGAUCUUGCAGGAUGCAUACCCAGAUCAGCAGUCUCCGGAAGAGUCACCCAUAUUUGGCGGCAAAGAAAGGCUGUCAGACAACGUGGAGCACCGCUGGACCUGGACGCAGUACUCCCAGGGAGAAGGAACCUUAUCUGAGAAACCCGGCUCUCUGGGAAACGUAUCUGGUCCUUAUCAAAAUCUCCGCCUUGAUGCGCCCGCCUCGAAAGUACGACCUCAGUCCAAGACAUUGGAGAUGCUUGCCACAUUCCCCACUCCGCCUCAAACGAACCAGCGCCCCCUUUCUGUUGGUAACCGUGAAGGGAGCGGGAAGCGGACCAUGUCUAGGCUCUCCAUGAUGUCUUACUCUUCCCCUCGUAUUGGCUGUGACACGACGGCUCCUCAGCAUAUAGGACUUGCUCUAGAUACUACUACUGUUGGUUCUCCCACAAACGGUCAGCCCACACAGAUUGGGGAAGACGUUGCUGCUAAGAGAGUAUCACUUCGGUCAGCUCGUCGACUUAGCGCGAGACAGAGCGUGCAUGGCUUGGACAAAGGCAAAGGGAACACACGGGACACUUGCGCAUCCUUAUACGGAGGCGCGGAUGUUACCUCGCCUAUCGCGGACAAGUAUAUUCCACCAGUUCCGACAAUGGAUUCGCCUUCACCAGCUCUCGCUCGUGGUCGGGAACGUAUCAAGGCGCCUUAUCCUAGUACUUCUCUUCGUACUUCGGCUUCUGCUUCGUCUUUCGUGUCCAACAUCAACCCCUUCGAGGAUGUCCGAAGGAUACCUGUGCCGCCUAUACCUGUACUGGAGAAGUCGGAAGCUCGUCGUGCGCGGGAUACAAAGGCUAUUACUGCUGUACUUGGACUGACGUCACCGCCUUCCCCCGAGAUGACCAUCUAUCCCGACGAUUCUCUGAGCGUCGUGGGGGACAAGCUGUACGCCCAUCCCAUGCCAACUCGGAAGAUCAACGCGGACAAUAUGCACGCAGUCACUCCACCCAUGGAACCUAGCACUUCCCUAGGCAAUCUGAUGCUGAACGGGUUUGGUACACCUGCACAGUCGCGAUCGUUUGAGGAGCUGGAGGAGUCGUCUUCGGAAAUGGUAGCGCGGACCGAGGAGCAAUUCAAAUACUCGGGGAACUCGAAAAGGGCGGAUGAUAAGCCACCCCGUGUUCCGUCUCCACCCCUGAUGCCAUCUUUGGCUCAGAUGGCCAUGCAACAUGCCAACCCUGAAGACUACGCAAGCUAUAGUUGCCCAACUUAUAGUAUCUAUGGAUACUACACAGAGGAAGAGCGGAAGAGCCGUUUCGGUCCGGGUGACUUUAGGGUUUCGACGUUCCGUUAA